CAAAUAUACCCUCGUAAUCUCCAUCGCCAUCAUCCUCUCACGGCUGCAGUCUGUGCUUUUCUUUCUUUCCCCAACCCGCCUUUCAUCUCUCCGUUCCCAUUUCUCGUUUUCCGGACCUGAUUACAAAGAUAGCUGAUUUUGUUUCAAAUGGGUUGGAAAGCAGCUGAGAAACUUAUUAGGCACUGGAAGGUUCUUAGAGGAGACAAUGUGAUGAUCAUAAGAGGCAAAGACAAGGGUGAGACCGGUGUCAUCAAGCGAGUCAUUCGCUCUCAGAAUCGUGUAAUUGUGGAGGGCAAAAAUCUGGUAAAGAAACAUAUCAAGCAAGGCCAAGGUCAUGAAGGCGGGAUAUUCACUGUCGAAGCUCCUCUUCAUGCCUCAAAUGUGCAAGUUGUUGAUCCAGUAACUGGGAGGCCUUGUAAGGUUGGGGUUAAAUAUCUUGAGGAUGGAACAAAAGUUAGAGUAGCAAGGGGCACAGGAGCAUCAGGAUCUAUAAUCCCUCGACCUGAAAUCUUGAAGAUGAGGACUACCCCAAGACCUACCGUUGCUGGUCCAAAGGAUACUCCUAUGAAUCUUGUGUUGGAGAAGACAUAUGAUGCCAAAACAGGAAAGGGCAUGCCUGAACUUUGAGAGAACUAGUUUUAAUGUCAGUGCAGGUCAGAUGGAAAAUUUUGCAGAAAAAAGAUGGCAGCCAUAAUAGUAGUCGUAGUCUGGCUAAUGACUAAGAAUUUCUUGUACUGAACUUCUGCUUCAAUUCGUAUUUUUGUUGGAAUAUUGUACAGACUACAUGGCCAGAUUACCAGUUUGCUAUAGGAACUUCUUAGAUUCAAGGUCAUGAGUUCACGAACAACCAUUAUCAAUCACUCUGUUCUUGCAUCAAAUAAUAGUAUGAAGCGUAUUGGUUUUCUUGUU